GCGCGGGUACAGUUAGGUGUGACGACAGUGUUAACGAUGACAACCCUUAUGUCGUCGACAAACGCGGCGAUGCCUAAGAUAUCGUACAUCAAAUCAAUCGACGUGUUUUUGGGCACGUGUUUCGUGAUGGUGUUCGCGGCCCUCAUCGAGUACGCCACUGUGGGUUAUAUGGGUAAACGCAUAGCCAUGCGUAAGUCCAGGAGUGUACAACUGGCCAAACUGCUCAGCGAACACCGGCAAAAGUGUGUGGCCGCCAGCAUUGACAGCGGCAUUGAGCCACCCAUUAGGACAUCCCUCUACUCCAAUCCCUGCAUACCCGCCCCCCGUAACGUAUCCGUACCGGAAAUCCGGUACCGAAUCUCGGGGUCCAAAGCGCUGACCCGAACGCCGUCUCUGAAGGCCAAACAACAGAUGGCGGCCGUCGACGGCGAUCUGGAGCUGAGCGGUGGCGACGAUAUGGUGACCCCCUCUACGCCCACUCAGUUGACACCAUUCCGGGGGCCCAAGAAUCCCAACACCCUAUUC